AAACGCCAGACGUAGUAAUGGCGUAAAGCAGAGAAACGAACAUAAGGAGGAAAGUAGGGGCACAGUGGGACCGGGCGGAAGCCCCGGCGGGCCAAAACCAUUGCACCAAGGAAAGUUUAGACUCACCGGCGACUUGAGGAGGCGGGGCUGGGUACAAGAAGAAGGCUAUGACGCGCGGGGCACUGUGGGACACAGUGUGGGCAACGUGGGGCAGGACGGGUGCCUCAGAGGGUCAGAUCGUAGCGACGCGGGAAGUCUGGACGAGGUAGCAUCCUGAAGAGAAGGCCUGUGGCAGAGCAGCCUUAGGCCCCUUAGGCGGCAAUGGCGGAGAGGCCCGAGGACCUAAACCUGCCCAAUGCCGUCAUCACCAGGAUCAUCAAAGAGGCACUCCCGGAUGGUGUCAACAUCUCCAAGGAGGCCCGGAGCGCCAUCUCCCGCGCUGCUAGCGUCUUUGUGCUGUACGCCACAUCCUGUGCCAACAACUUCGCGAUGAAAGGGAAGCGCAAGACACUCAAUGCCAGUGAUGUGCUCUCAGCCAUGGAAGAGAUGGAGUUCCAGCGGUUCAUUACCCCAUUAAAAGAAGCUCUGGAAGCAUAUAGGCGGGAGCAGAAGGGCAAGAAAGAAGCUUCAGAACAAAAGAAGAAGGACAAAGACAAAAAAACAGAUUCAGAAGAGCAAGACAGGAGCAGAGAUGAGGAUAACGAUGAAGAUGAAGAGAGGAUAGAAGAAGAACAGAAUGAAGAGGAUGAAGUAGACAACUAACAGGGUGGGAAGACUGGCACUGUGGGAGCUACCACUCUGAAACAUGGUACAUGUUUAUGUGAAGCUUUUCCCUGCUGGGCAAAGUAGUCUUAGGCACAAGUGCCUGGGAAGAUCACAAUAAAAACUGACUAUAAUUAUCAUCAAACCAGCGUUUCACCAACUCAGAGCAUCUGAGUAGCAGAAUCUUCUUUUGUUUAAUCAGGCUGAAGGUUAUUACUUUUUGGCAAGAGGGAUUCUGAACAGCUAAUUAAAUAAGCGAUUUAUCUUGUUUACUUAUGUGUAUGGUUAUGUAGUUUUUUUGCUCCUGUCUUCCUGCCCUUCCAAAAAAGUAGUAAUAACUUCCAUGCUGCCUGCUGUGUUCCCAGAUCACAGAGGCAGUGAAGGCUCAGGAAAAAUUAGGGCUUUGAUCAUGGUUAGCCAUAUUUGAUUUACAGUAGCUCACUGAGAAUGGUCAGAAUGGGGUGGGCAUGGUGUUACAUGCCUGUAAUCCCAGCUACUUAGAAGGCUGAGACAGGAGAAUUGCAAGUUUUGAGCCCAACUUGGGCAACUCAAUGAGACCUUGUCACCCCCCAAAAAAGAUAAAAGAGGCCAGGUAUGCAGCUCAGCAUUCCCUCAGAACUGUUUUGUUUUUUUUUUAAAGAUAAUCCAUUUUAUGCUUUCUUCACUUGACAGUAGCAUUAAUUAAGUUCUGGUUUCUGUAAACCUUCUUGGCUUGUGGCCCUUCUGUAUUGCCUUUAGGCAUCUAACCUGCUGGGUGACUGCUCUGGGCACAGUAUGCUCUUAAAUUAGCAAUGUAGAUUGAAAGUUGAGGAACAAGGGUGUUUUACAAAACAGACGGCUUGACCUUAGGUUAUCUCACCCCUGCCAUUGUACACCUUUAGGAUUUGUCACCUCCUGGAAGGUGUAAAAUCUCAGGCUUUCUCUUGUUAUGUCCAUUCCCCAGACUUGUGGCUAUGGAUUUUCGUUUUUUUCCUGUCAAUUUCCAGGCUUCACUUUGUCUAAGCACAACUUGUUCCCUCUUCUUGCUUUGUAUUUCUUUCUGCCUCUCCUUCCCAUUCCCACUCUCUCUCCCCCUUUAAUUCACUUCAUCUGCAAGUCUAGCAACUGAGAACCUACUUAAUGUCCCAAAGUGCAGGUUCCUGGUUCCUUAAUCCAUAUCUUAAAAAUGAUUUUGUGAAACUCCUCUGGAUAUUGAGAAAGAUCUGAUGGCGCUCAAGAAUCUAACCCCCUAGCCCAACCAUUCCCUUGAACUGCUUCUAAAGUGUCUGUUGGCUUUUCCUAUCCUUUUUCUCUUUCCGUUCAGUGUUCCAGGCACCUGUUUGUCUCAGUGGAGCACUUGGAAUUUGACAGGUGGUACAGUGUAGUUUGACACUGUUAACUGGUUAAAUGAAUACAAUGAAAAGUUUGUUCAUAAAUGACUGACCACUGUUGAGAUUAUAGUGCUUUGUACAAAUAAAGAACAUUUCUUGUUUAAA